GCCAUCCCGCUCUCAUCCCGUCCCAUCCCAUACCUUCCCCGCACCCACCCCUUCCUCUCAACGCACACACGAACACAAACGCAGCCAUGGCCUCCUCAGAAGACUAUGAAAGCGAAAACGAGCCCUACAACCACAUGGACGAGAUCGUGCCCGGACUCUGGGUCGGCGACCUGCAGAGCGCGAAGGACGUCGAGACGCUGCGGGCGAAUAAUAUACACAGUGUGUUGAGCGCUAUGAGGGGUCGGGUCGGGAUACAUGAGACGUUCAUGCGCCAUCAGAUCAUGCUCGACGAUACGCAGGACGCGGAUAUACUGCAACAUCUUAUUCCGGCGAUUACGUUCAUACAAGCGGAGAUCGAGAAGGGAAGGGGGGUGUUGGUGCAUUGUCAGGCUGGCAUGAGUCGAAGCGCAACGAUCGCGGCCGCCUACCUCAUGUACUCCCGCAGCCUCGACGCCAACUCCGCCCUUGAGAUGAUCAAGAAAGCGAGGCCUAAUGUGCAGCCAAACGACGGCUUCCUAUACCAACUCGAGAUCUUCCACCAAGCCUCCUACAAAGUCUCUCGGAAAGACAAAGCGACGCGCAUGUUUUAUCUAGAGAGAGCUGUUGAGGAGAUGAUGAAUGGCGAUGGGACGGCCCCAGAAACGACCAUGUUCGCGAAGUUCCCGCGGACGCCUUCGGAUUCGACUCCUGGGACGCCGACUGUAGGGCCGAGACAGGGACCAAGGAGGCGGAUUCGGUGUAAGAUGUGUCGAACCGAACUCGCAGCCCGCGAACACAUGCUCGACCAUGGCCAACUCGGCCCCCCAACCCCCGCCCACGCAGCCGCCCUCUCCCCCGUCUCCUCCCGCCGUCCGUCCAUGAAAGAAGAAUCGUCUCGAAGACCGUCUAUGUCGCUCGCUAUGUCUUCCGUAUCCGCCAUGUCUCCCGUGUCAGGAAUCUCGUCGUCCACGUCCGCCCCAGGGAAGGAUGAUGGCACGGGUACAGGUGCGGGUAUGCGUCCCCUCGCGCCGCUGAACCCGCUCUCGUCGGCUUCGAGGCGGGGAUCGGCUGUUCAGUCUCGGCGACCGAGCGCGGGGGCGUUAGGGAUGACUGCGAUGACGCCUAUUAGUUCUUCUACUACCUCCACCACUGCUACGACCGGUGGUGGACAAGGUGCGGGUCUGACGAGGGCGAAGAGUCUCGGCAGUGGAGGUGGCGGUGGAGCAGGGUCGAGAAGGCCGAGCGGUCUAGCGUUCGAGGGGACGGGCGUGUUGAGUGGGUUGGCGGCGAGUAGGACUAUGAGUGCUUUGGAAGACGAGGAGGACGAAGAAUUACCUGUACCUAGGGAUAGUGAGGGUUCGCAGGCCAGCAAAAAGACUACUAGGAGCGGUGGAGGAGUAGGAGGGAGUGGUGUCGUCCAGCGGAGGAAAAGUUCCGGUGCGGGUGCUGGGGGAGAAGGCAGGCCGAGGAUAGGGACCGGAUUCUUUGGCGCGGCGUUGUCGAUGUCAUCGGCGGUCGAGUCGGAUGAUGAUGAGGAUGUGGAGAUGGCUCCGCCGGGGGAGGCGCAUCCGGCUAGUCGACGCAACGGCGAGAAGGGGAGCGGUGGCGUGCUUGGGAAUGGGACGGGGUCGUUGACGAGUAGUAGUUCGACGUCGACGACGAGGCCGGAUCCGCCGACGCCCAUGAGCGUCGAUACGAACACGAACGCGUCUGGUGCGGAGAACGGUACAGCGCAAUCGACGUCUUCCACUACAGUACCCACAUCCACAUCCCCGCCCUCGUCGUCCUCGACUCAACAAAAAGCCAACCGUUCACCCUCUCUCCCUCUCCCCAGUCCCCCGGCCCUCCAAUCCCCAGCUGACCUCGCCGCACAGUUAUAUGCUAAUCCAAAGCUAGCGGCGUUGAGGAGCCCGACGAUCGGGAGGGCUAUGUCCCCUGGAGGAGGGAGUGGGGCGAGAGAGAAAGAGAGGGAGAGGGUGCCGGUCAGUCCGCCGAUCUUGAUGAAUAAUAAGUGUUCGGGGUAUUUUGUCGAGCCGAUGAACUGGAUGGAGUUCUUCCUCGAGGACGGCAACCUCGCGGGCAAGAUCAUAUGUCCGAACAAGAAGUGUGGGGCGAAGUUGGGGAAUUAUGAUUGGGCGGGGGUGUGUUGUAGCUGUAAGGAGUGGGUCACGCCUGGAUUCUGCAUCCAUCGGUCGAAGGUGGAUGAGAUUAUUGUAUAAGCGCGACUCUGACCCUUGAGUUCGGACGGCACGUAUACGCCGCACAUGAACACAGACACGGCCAUGGCGUCGCGAUACUGGCAAUUGACGUCCGACCCUAUCUAUCCGUUGAUCUACGCGGGGUGUAUCGUCCUCCAUCUAGCUUUCUCUGGGUCCAAACACCCUGUGGCUGUCUAGAUCUUGCUUUCAUGAUAAGUAGUAUGGUUCUCAGGUUUCUGUUACAGUUCCAAGAAACGUCGCUCCUCUUUCCUAGCUAGCCUCCAACUUUGUAUGACCUGCGGUGUUGCUCGUAAAAUGCUUAUCUACCUUGUAGAAAUAUCGCGAAGUCCCUUUCUUGUAUCCCUUCUCCGUCUUGGCAAAUGGUCUUUCGUCCAUACAUUCCUACGUACGCUCCGUAUCGUAUAUAGUACACGGUACAUACACGCUCCGUUCCUACCCUCGACUCUUCCCAGCUGCUUCGUACGUCCAUUCUUCGCCCCAAUUCGUGUUAUAUCCUUUUUUCCGUUCUUCUGGCUCUGGCUAUGGCCGCUCAAGACAUGGAUGGACUCGCGGUGUCCCAUCGAUUCAUGACGGUGAGCCCAAACUUGAGACAAUUACACACCUACUGACUAGACCUUUGUUUUUUUUUUGUUUUUUU